CCCCCAUCCUUCCCGGCAGGCAGCAGGCAGGCAGAGCUUCCGCCGUCGGGUCUGCAGUCUCCACCAUCCACAAGUCCGUGCACCACAGGAAGCCCCGAGCCGAGAAACCUGAAGCACGGCCUCGUCAACGCUCCCAACCACGUCCCCGAGAAGCAGCGCUACUACCAGCAGGCUUUCAAGAACCACACCCGCCUCUGGAAGAUUGGCCCUCGCAGCGGCAUCAUCAUGACCACCUUCAACAUUGCCAUGUGGGGUACCUUCGGCGCUUCCAUGUACGCCAUGACCCGCAAGGUUCUCGGCUACAACACCUGGUUCUCGGAGGAUUAA